AUGGGCUUCACAGCGCCUCUACGGGAACCAAUCGACGACCAAGGGAACGUUCUUAAUCAAAUUGUACUGAUCACCAUUCGCUCAGGCCGGAACCUCGCCCGCCGAAUCCCCCGAACUUCGCCGACUCGCGCUUCUUCUAACGCUCAUCGUGCUUCUCGAGGCACUCAGGUUCUGGGUCCCCAGAAAGCCACUCCUAUUCGUCGCUCCUACUCCAAUAUCUCCCAGACACGUCGUACCGAGGCCAGUGGCCGCAUCAAUCGCACGUUGUAUCGCUUGCCCGAUCUCUUGACCCAGAGUGAUUCGGAUGGAGAAGCUCCUGCUCAGGACCGUCAGCAGGUUGUAGAGACCCAAGAGAAUAGUUCUGUCAUUGCUAAUCCUGCGACCCCCGAGUCUGCCCGACUCAGGACUCCCAUGACUCCCAUGACAGCUCCUCCGGCUGCCAAUGUCGGCAACUCGGCAGCAAGCCUCAACUCAUCUCCCAGUUGGUCGCGAUGGAUUUUCAACAAUGUUUCCAGAAGAUGGACAAACAUUCGCGGGAGGCUUGUCACUCGUCCGUCCGCUGGAACCCUGCCAGCCGCCGAAGCCGAUGAGACCGUGGAGACUGAUGAAAGUAUCGACCAAGUUGUUACGCCCACUAAGUCGACCGAGGCCAACACGGUUCCUGUGACUGCACCUAAGGCGCACACCGAGGCUUUUGUGCCUCUGCCAACGCGUAGCACCUAUCGCCGUCGUGUUUCCACUUUUCUUCCUCACGACGUAGACCCUGACCGGCCUCGUCGUCCUCGUCGCAUUUCAACAACAGAUCGCCCAGUGGCUGCGUCCAAGUCUCGCCAAAAGCCUACCCCUCCAGCGGCCGAGCUUGGAUACGAUCUCUUUCCUCGUGCGUAUGAUGCAGAGCUACUCAAGAAAUGGUUCGCGCGAGGUACGAACCCUCGUCUUGUUCAGCCUUCUCAGACUACAGAGGAUACGGAGGCUAGCAAUGAAGUUGCUAUCUCUGCUCCCACCAAGGUUUCUCCUACUUCCAAUGAGACUGCAUCUGCCUCCGCUGAAGAUCAAUCGCUCAAGCGCAAGCGUGAGGAGCCUGAGAAAAUCCCAAACCCGAAAGGAUGCAGUUAUGGUAUGAGUGAGGAGUUUUUCGAGUUCACUGACGCUGAAUGGGAGGAGGAAGAAAAGCGUGUGGCUGCACUGAAGGCCAAUGAAACAACUCAACCUGCCGCCAAGAAGCAACGCGUUGAUGCGUCGCAGUCGCGCCGACGUGCAACCACUCGGCCCAAUACUCCAAAAGCCCCUCUCAGCGCUCUAUCUCCUGCGCGCCGUCCUGGAUUCAUUCCUAACCGCCGAGGCACAUACGCUGCCCCUGAUCUGUCUCCAAUUGACUCAAGUGACCUGUUUUCAGGCGUGGAAUCGACUCCGGCAACACAAGCUUCCUCAGAUGAACCCGCCAAUGCCCCCACCAAUGCUCAACCCACCACCGCUAAACAUGCCCGCAAUUCGAUCGACUAUGAGACACUGCAGAAAGAACGUGAACUCAAGGCCAAGCAAACGCGGGAACCCAAUUCCAGUCCUUCCGUUCCCACAAGCCUCAACGAUGUCCCCGAAUCCCGCGGAACCGCCCCUACCGCUACUCAAACUCUCGAACACUCCAGUGCCACCACCCCAGAACGUGAAUCCUCCCAAAUCAGCACUGACAUUGACGCUGACAUUGACGCCGACGCCGACGUUGAUGUUGACGCCGACGUUGACGGCCCAUCCCCUCUGACCCGAGCCCGCAACAAGGCUGAACAGUUCAAACCCAAGACGCCAAGUCGUCUUCGGGAAGCUCAUCCUUUUGCGAGCAGUAUCACCUCUGCUGCCACUGCCACACCGUCCUUCUUGGGUGCCACAACGGGCACCCCCUUAAACUUCGGCGCGACUUUGCAUGCUCCCUCAAGCCUGGGCGCGUUGACUUCAUCCCCUGUCUUCUACAGUGACCCUGAGUCCAAUGAUACCAUUGAGCCUCUCACCCCAGCUGACGAUGCUAAUUGGUUGCGUGAAAAGUGUCCAACUGGAGAAAUUGCCCACCUGUGCUGGCCGGAGCCGGCUAGUCUUGUUGAGACUUUGAACAUCGACCCUGCUAUUGCCGAAUUUGUCAACAAGAAUUCGUUUCCAGAGGCGUAUGCCGAGGCUGUCGCUGCUUGGCAGACUAUGUGGGAAGAAUUCCAACGAGGGCAGCUGGAGAUCUAA